AUUCCCUAGCACACUCGCCCGCUUCAGUUUUUCGCUUCCUUAGUCUUCGUGACUUUGCUAUUGUACUGCCCAGCGAAUGACCCUGGUACUUGGUAACCCUCUUCAACCAAUUAGGUCUUCGACCUCUAGUCAGGCACGUGGGUCAAUCAAUCAAAAUAGUGACUCUCUCCUCCUAUUUUACUAGCCUACAAGCUUUUAGGCACUACAGUAUUCUGUGCCUUCAUCUUUGAUUGAAUUCCUGAAAUGAAGUGUGAC